AUGGUAAAAUUAAAUAAUGUUAUAACUUUGUUAUCAUUUUUUAUAUACUAUCUUGUAAUUUGUCAAAUCAAUGGAUUCAGUUAUGCUUUUCCACAGGUGGAAUUGAAUGAAACCAAAACAUGUACAUUAUAUAAUCAAAAAAACGAAUAUCAAUACUAUCAUUUCUAUUGCUAUCUUAAAGAGGAGAGAUUAAAGUCAUUCGAUAGGCUACUCCAAUCGUAUAAAGUUCAAGACUAUGCAAUCACUACCAUCAGGAAGGCACUGGUGAGAAAGAUCGCUCAACCCAACGAGCGAGUCGUUAUUCUGUCUACGGGCGAUCAUGGACUUGGAAAGACGUCGUCGGCCAGGCUGCUCUCCAAGGCAAUGUUUGUUUCGUCGCGUAACGAGUUUGAGGGUGAUGGACUACUCUUGGUGCACGGUGAGAACUACAAACGAAUCAAAGCAAACGAUGACAGAGGAAUCACAGCGGCGCGACUGGAGCUAUCAAAGAAAAUCUCUGACCAACUCCUAGGUUGUCCAGAGUCUGUCAUACUAAUCGAUGAAAUUCAAAAGAUACACCCUCAUGUUCUCAGUGUACUGGAACCAUUCUUUGAAGGUUUGCCUAUCAACAAGACAGUCACAAACCGAGCCAUCUACAUACUUACCUCUGACUUUGAGAAAGAAGGUGUAACCAGUCAGCGAUCAUAUGAAGAAAUCAUUGAAUUAGUUAAUAGUUUUUCAAAGACAAUCUAUAGAGAUACAAAGAUAAUGAAUUUAGUAACGGAUAUUGCACCUUUUAAGACACUGACUAGAUCGGAAGUGGAAACUGCAUUGUUUGAUAAGUUGAAGGAAUCGUAUUGUUUGGAGUUGCAACCGCUCGGCUUGAAGAGUUUGCAUCUACACGAUAUCAAAGCGAUUCAGCAGCUGUUGGCAGACUUGAUGGAUAGACUCUACAAGAAUGAAAACUAUCGUGGUAUCGAAAAGAUUAUAAAAACAUUCAUAGUGAACGAUAUACAACAACAUCUGGUAUCGAACGCCGAUCACUAUCAUACCAAUAUAAUGAUCAGCGGCAACUGGUUCAGUCCAAAGUGGAAAGAAACGUUUUGUUCAGCAUCAAUCUCACUGAAAUCACCAACACAACUAACAAUAGAAUAUAACGAUAUCCUAGAAUCACAUCAAGGUAAUUUCUUAUCACACUUUCCAUUCUUUGCAAAAUAUAGUAAGAAAAUAAAAUAG